CGAAGCCGCAUGGACAGCCUGGCGCCGGGCCGAUGGAGACGGCGGAGGAUGGAGGAGCUGCCAGCGGCAGGGGACGCGAAACGGGCAUGCAGGAGGUCAGAAGCAGGUGGACAUGAGUGCAGUGGCCACAUGCUAACCACCUGUGCCCUGCUGUCUUGGAGCACAGAGGACCAGGAGCCAAGGCCACGAGGACUGCCUGCACCACAACCAGAGUGUAGCCAGGAGAGGCUGAGCUCAAUGAUUCUGCAGAACGGUGGAAGGAGUUCAGCCCAGCCUUGCCUGAGAUGUAUCGCGGGGGAAUCUGGCCAUUUUAACCAUACCGGCAAUCAUUAGAAGAUGCAAACAGGACGGAGGAAGAUUCCAGUUGAGUUUGAAUUCUCAUACGAUGGCCAGUACACAUCGCUUACAGCUUGCCUGGGUGCCCACCUGUUCAAAUGACAGCCAGGGCUCUCUGCAGAGGUUGUCUGCCUCUUAGGUAAUCCCACUGUCCUCUGCAGAAGGCCAGGAAUAUCCUGAGUGGGAUGGUUGGUCACAGCCUCUUUUCUAAUGUCUUCGGCUGGACAGGAAGUUAUCUAGAAGUCAGAAACUUCUAUAUCAAACUGCCCAGAGCCUCAUAGCUCAUGAGGUCCUUAGGCUCAGCUGGAGUUCUCCCUGCCUAUGGACUUUGGGUUGUUUCUGGACAGUACUGGGCUGCUCAUAUACUCUUUUUAAUUAAAAGACUUAUUUUUGUAUUUUAAAUGCUCUAUAAUCUUAAAGUGAAUUUUACUAAAUGCUGAUGUCCAAUCAAGCUAUGUAAUUCUUCAACUGAAGUUAUCAGGGACAGAACCCCAUUUAUAUUAAAAUGGAAAU